UUAGAUCAAGGGUGAAAAUGUGAAAUGUGUUGAAAUCGAAAUUAUUUCUCUCACACAUAAUACUUCGCGUAGUCGCAUCUCCUUCCUCCUCCAGCAAUCGAAUUCCUCCUCUACACCCUAACAACAAAAUCAGCAUCUUUAAUUGUAGUUGUAUCUCCAGUCUGCGGCGUCUCUGCCAACCACCUCUUCUUCUCUGCUGCUUUUAUUCUCGGACACCAUGUUGGAGUUCCGUGCUGGUAAAAUGCUGUUUGAGGGAAAACGUGUCACCCCAGAUUCUCGUAAAGGGCUAGUCAGGAUUGCCCGGGGUGACGAGGGCUUGAUCCAUUUUCAAUGGCUUGAUCGGGUGCAAAAUGUGAUUGAAGAUGAUCAAAUUGUUUUUCCAGAGGAAGCAGUUUUUGAGAAGGUUGAACAAGCAUCUGGAAGGGUCUACAUAUUGAAGUUCAACACAGAUGAUAGGAAGUUCUUUUUCUGGAUGCAAGAGCCAAAAGCUGAGGAUGAUCAACAGUUGUGUCACUCAGUAAAUUUCCACCUUAAUCAACCAUUAGAAUUUCCUGCUGAAGAGGAUUCUGUCCCACUUCAAGCUGAGGAGAUGGUUGAAGACGAUAUAUCAUCUAGAGCUGGUAAUUUGAUUGGCCCUAGCAUGGGAGCUGAAGGAGUGAGUGAUGUGACCUCUGCACCUGGACCGGUAAAAUUGUCAGAUUUACAAAGGAUAUUAAGUAAUAUUCAAUCUGAAGGUCCAGUAGAUGAUGUGGAAGAUCCCGAUGGAGGUUUUGGUUUAGGGGAUCUUUUGAAGCCUGAUUUGGUACUACCAUUGCUCGAGACUUUACCUGUGGAAGAACGCUUGUCUCAAUAUCUACCAGAGGGUCAACAGUCACGUCACGACUUGUUAGAGGUGCUACAGUGCCCUCCUUUCCGCCAACAAGUUGAUGCUUUUACUUAUGUUCUGAAGACAGGCCAAAUAGAUUUGGCUCAGUUUGGCAUUGACCCCAGUAAAUACAAGUUUACUGUUCUCUCUUUCCUGGAGGCACUUGAAGAUUCUGUAGCGAAAGGCUCGGAAACUGAAGCGUUGGGACGAGGAACUAAUGAUCCGAUGGAUGAAGGGCAAUAAUUGACAGCAGUUUUGGGUUUGUGUUUCCUUCACUGCAACCUCUUUUGGUGUUAACGGCUGCUUAGAUAUCCUCAUCUUUGCUUCCCUUUCUUAUUUUACUAUCGGGGAAGAAAGAGGGGAGGGUUGGUGGUGGGAUUAGAACCUAGACUUAGCAAAACAAUGCAAAUGGUCUCAAGUUGUUUGUACUAGGAUAUCUGUUAACAUUAAAUUAGGCAAGAGAUCUCUUUCCUUUGUUUUUGUUAGGGGGUGACCCGGAGUUGCAAUGAUAUCUUGGAAUGGAGUGAAUUAUUUGUUAAUAUUGAAUAUAAUAUAUAUAUUCAUUCGUCUA